AUGGAGCGAAGAACCUGGACUCUGCAGUGUACUGCUUUCACCCUCUUUUGCGCUUGGUGUGCUUUGAACAGUGUAAAAGCGAAGAGGCAAUUUGUCAAUGAAUGGGCGGCGGAGAUCCCCGGGGGCCCAGAAGCAGCCUCGGCUAUCGCAGAGGAGCUGGGCUAUGACCUUUUGGGUCAGAUUGGAUCACUUGAAAAUCACUACUUAUUCAAACAUAAAAACCAUCCACGAAGGUCUCGAAGAAGUGCCCUUCAUAUCACUAAGAGAUUAUCUGAUGAUGACCGUGUUAUAUGGGCUGAACAACAGUAUGAAAAAGAGAGAAUUAAACGUUCAACUCUAAGAGAUUCAGCACUAAAUCUCUUCAAUGACCCCAUGUGGAAUCAGCAGUGGUAUUUGCAAGAUACUAGGAUGACUGCAGCCCUGCCCAAGCUAGAUCUUCAUGUGAUACCUGUUUGGCAAAAAGGCAUUACAGGCAAAGGAGUUGUUAUCACUGUACUGGAUGAUGGCUUGGAGUGGAAUCACACGGACAUUUAUGCCAAUUAUGAUCCAGAGGCUAGCUAUGAUUUUAACGAUAAUGAUCAUGAUCCGUUUCCCCGAUAUGAUCCUACAAAUGAGAACAAACAUGGAACCAGAUGUGCAGGAGAAAUUGCCAUGCAAGCAAAUAAUCACAAGUGCGGGGUUGGAGUUGCAUACAAUUCCAAAGUCGGAGGCAUAAGAAUGCUGGAUGGCAUUGUGACUGAUGCUAUUGAGGCCAGUUCAAUUGGAUUCAACCCCGGACAUGUGGAUAUUUACAGUGCAAGCUGGGGCCCUAAUGACGAUGGGAAAACCGUGGAGGGUCCUGGUAGAUUAGCCCAGAAAGCUUUUGAAUAUGGUGUUAAGCAGGGAAGACAAGGAAAGGGCUCCAUCUUCGUCUGGGCUUCUGGGAAUGGCGGGCGUCAGGGAGAUAACUGUGACUGUGAUGGCUACACGGACAGCAUCUACACCAUCUCAAUCAGCAGCGCUUCCCAACAAGGCCUGUCGCCCUGGUACGCUGAGAAGUGCUCUUCCACGCUGGCCACCUCCUACAGCAGUGGGGAUUACACCGACCAGCGAAUCACAAGCGCUGACCUGCAUAAUGACUGCACUGAGACCCAUACAGGCACCUCAGCCUCUGCACCCCUGGCUGCCGGUAUCUUCGCUCUGGCCUUGGAAGCAAACCCAAAUCUCACCUGGAGAGAUAUGCAGCACUUGGUUGUCUGGACCUCUGAAUAUGACCCAUUGGCCAAUAACCCUGGAUGGAAAAAGAAUGGAGCAGGCUUGAUGGUGAAUAGUCGAUUUGGAUUCGGCUUGCUAAAUGCCAAAGCUCUGGUGGAUUUAGCUGAUCCUGGGACCUGGAGCAGUGUGCCUGAGAAGAAAGAAUGUGUUGUAAAAGAUAAUGACUUUGAGCCCAGAGCCCUGAAAGCUAAUGGAGAAGUUAUCAUUGAAAUUCCAACAAGAGCUUGUGAAGGGCAAGAGAAUGCUAUCAAGUCCCUGGAGCAUGUGCAAUUUGAAGCAACAAUUGAAUAUUCCCGUAGAGGAGACCUUCAUGUCACUCUCACUUCGGCUGCUGGAACUAGCACGGUAUUGUUGGCUGAAAGAGAGCGGGACACAUCCCCUAAUGGCUUUAAGAAUUGGGACUUCAUGUCUGUCCAUACAUGGGGAGAGAAUCCUAUAGGCACCUGGACUUUGAGAAUUGCAGACAUGUCUGGAAGAAUGCAAAAUGAAGGGAGAAUUGUGAACUGGAAGCUGAUCUUGCAUGGAACCUCUUCUCAACCAGAGCACAUGAAACAACCUCGUGUGUACACAUCCUACAACACCGUCCAGAAUGACAGAAGAGGAGUGGAGAAGAUGGUGGACGUGGAGGAGGAGCAGCCCACACAAAAGAACCCAGAUGAGACCCCCCUGGUGUCCAAGAGCCCCAGCAGCAUCAGUGUGGGGCUAAGAAGAGAUGAGCUGGCAGAGGCGGGACCUUCUGAGGCCAUGCUGCGACUCCUACAAAGUGCUUUUAGCAAAAUCCCACCUUCAGAGCAAUCGCCAAAGAAGUCUCCAAGUACAAAACUCAACAUCCCUUAUGAAAAUUUCUAUGAAGCCUUGGAAAAGUUGAACAAACCUUCUCAGCUUAAAGACUCUGAGGACAGUUUGUAUAAUGACUAUGUUGAUGUUUUCUAUAACACAAAACCUUAUAAGCACAGAGAUGACCGGCUGCUGCAAGCUCUGGUGGACAUUCUGAAUGAGGAAAAUUAAAAUAAUUGUGUGGUCCUGAGAUGGAAAUAUUCACACAUCUUCCUUUCCCUUAGAUUCUGCCUGUGUCUGAAGUGGUUGUUUUGGCAUUGAUUCCUAUGCUUAUAAUAUCUUUUAUGGCACUUUUUUCUUUGUCUCCCCAAAUUGUACAUUUAAAGGGGAUGAGCUCAAAUAGGAAAUCCAGCUUCCAGAAUU